AUGACAGCACUAAAUUGGUUAAAAGCCAAUAAUAUCCUUUACAAAGAUAUACAGAUUGAUUGCACAAAUAUUAGCACAGAACUGACAAGUAUAAUGAAUGAUGAAGAGAUUGAUCACACAAACUCAUUACCAAUAAACUCUCCUCAAAACAAUUUAGAAAAAAAUACAUAUGAAAAUGCAAUAAAUAGUGCAAAUUCUUAUAAUUCUGUAAAUGUAGGAGUAAAUAGUCUUGCAAACAAUACUUCUAGUGACAACAUGGAAGUCCAAAAUGAAGAAGAAGUGGAAGACCCUUUAAAUGAGCAUUGGUCACCUGCCAAUGAGACAUGUCUACAGUCAGUCAUUCCAGAUUACCCUAUAGUUACUGAGGAACAUAACUCCAAUAACUGUACAGGUAGAGAAAUUUACAAUAUGCCCCUGGAGAAAACAAACACCCAGUGUCUUUAAUGACUGAUAAACAAUGUGAAGAACUUGCAUUCCCAGUAUUAUUUCCUAAUGGUAAAUUUGGUUACACUGCUGAAAGAGAUGUUAAAUUAUCUCCAGUAAAAUACUUUAAUGCUAGACUGUUGCAUUAUAGUGGGCGGUUUGCUACAAAUCCAGAGUACCUUUUCUUUGCACAGUUCAUUAUUGAGUAG